CCCCACUGCAUUUACCUAUGCCCAACUUGGUGUCUCUUACGGUUAACAUGGAACAUGCAACGCUUGAUUUCGUCAUGUUCUGGAGAGAGCCUUGGCAGUAUUUGACUGGAUUUCAAAUUUAUUGCCACUUACAGGACCUCCCAAAUCCUAACACUCACGGUUAAGUCAAAUGAGGAAUGACGUCUUCAGUACUAACCUACUGCUCGAUAUAGAUCUGCAGCCCCGGCCAACACACCUUCGCCGAUACUGAUAACCCUCUUUGAGUCAGACACUUGUUUGUGUGUCGUCGCAAUGGUUAGCGCGUCGUCUACAGUCGAGCAAGUUCAGGAUGAACAGGUGUCGGAUCGGACGUCCUCUGAUAUUGGGGGCCCAGCUGGGGAUUUCAAAGCAACAUACACAAUGGCAAAUGUCAUUAACAGCAACACUAGCGACAAUACUUUGCCUGCCGCACGUCUGAAAGCUUGCGAUCGUUGUUUUCGGAGGAAGAUACGUUGUGACAGGCAUAAGCCUUGUCGUGCUUGUGAAGAAAUUGACACUCCGUGCAUUACUGCAAGACCAGCCCACGCGAAGUUGAACGAUGUAUUCCGAGCUCAUCGCUUUGUGCGUCCCAGUGUCACUUUGAGUCUCGUCAACGACAACAGCAACAACUUCAAAGAUCGGCUCAUCAAGUUGGAACAAAAUGUUCAGGCCAUACGCGACCAGACCCGAACUCAAGUACAUCAUCAACCACCCAACUGGUCAAAUUCUGAGCGAACAGAUGUACACCCUGGGGAGAGCAUGGAAACAUCAACUUCACCAAGACUAUUCCUUGGACAAUCCUUAUUCGAUACGACAGAGAACAUCUUUUUUGAACCCGAGAACCGAAGCCAAAUUCUACUGCAAGGACUAUCCCCUCAAACCAAUAAGGAUCCUGUUCUACCCAUGUAUAGCCAUAGUAAAAGAAGGUGUGAUGAUAUAAUGAACCCAUGGCCAAAGCCAACGAACAAGCGCACAGAACCCGGCCUAGUGCUUCAAAGCAUAAGCAGAGGCACGACUGCUAAGGUUGAUCUCGAUAACACCACAUAUGAUUCCACUCCGCUAUUUAAGGAAUCAAAUGUACAUGACCAAGCCCUUGAUUGGGGAGCCGAACCUGCAAUAAUCGAGUCACACAACUCAACGCCCCUAGUGUCGCAAAUCCCAUUUUUAUGGACAGUCUUCAAAAAGAAUAUCGACCCGUUGCUGAAGGUUUUGCAUGUUCCUUCUAUGGAUAAAACGAUUCAAAUGAUCAUACAAAAUCCCAAUAGUCUCACGCCGAAAGUGGAAGCACUCUUGUUCUCAAUCUCUUAUGCGGCGAUCUCAUCACUAGAGGAAAACGACGUUAAUAUAUAUCUGCGCAAUAAGAAGGCUUAUUUAAUCACGCAAUCCCGAACCAGCAUCGAACGGGCGCUUGCUAAAGCUAAUUUCCGGAACACUUUUGACCUUGGUGUUCUCCAAGCUCUGACUAUUUACCUUGUGAUUGCCCAUCGCCAUGAAGAUAUUCGUUGUCCUUGGGCACUGACGAGCCUUCUGAUCAGGGUGAAUCAGAUUCUUGGCAUAUACACAAACCCCAAGUCUACAGGUCUGUCCCCGUUUGGCACUGAAAUGGGUCGCCGCCUUUGGUGGGUCGUGUCUACGAUGGAUCUAAGCUAUGCCGAGCAUGACGGUACUCAGGCAGUAAUUACUGAUCGAUCAGUCAGCCCAGACUACCCAUCAAACAUCAAUGAUAUCAAUCUCUUUCCAGAAAUGGAAAGCUUCCCACGCGCAAUAUAUGGUGGAACUGACACAACGCUUUGUCUCGUCCAGUACCAAUUAUGCAGCCUAGCGAAACGGGUACGCGCCACGACUGACCAAGCACGACCUACCUCCUUUAGUGCAAGAUUGGCAAUACAAGCCAGGGAGAAGUUACUCCAUGAAAGCUAUGAGCCGGUGAAACGGAAAUACUUGAGCCCACAUACAGAUCAGCAUGGACAAUGGAAUGGUGGGGAAGAUCCUGCGACCACCGCCCGACGCAUUGAGGCUACAAUGCGCCUAAUUAUAUACGAACCUGUUUUGCUCGCGGUUUCAAACCUUGGAGACGAAGAAGUAUAUAGGCGCUUAUACUCAUCUGCGGUUGAUGUCGUUGAGUCUAUCUCACUCAUAUAUACUGAACCCAGAUACAAAAUGUAUCGUGGAAUACUUCAGUCGUCUGUCCAAUGGCAAGCCAUAGGAUACGUAGUCCUCGGGAUGUACCAACGUCCUUGGACUACUUACAUUCAGAGGGCCCAGAUAGCUUUGAGGCCGCUGAUUGAUAACAUUGAGCUUGGGAAACAUUUCAGGCCUCCGCGACAUGCCACCACGGAGGUGCUGCUCAUGAAAGUAAUGGCAGAAGCAACCCGCACUAGGAACCUACAGGGCAAAGGGCCUCAAGUAUGCAAGGAAGCACUGAUGUAUUGUGCCCUGUCUCUUUCAGACUUCCUACACGACACGCUGCCUCCGGAAAGACCUUGGGAGGUAAGUGGACAUUCUUUUGGGGAGCUUAAUUAAAGGAGGAUAAGAGUCAAUAAAGGCAAUACGGGGAUUCUUUGACGAGUAUUGUUAAUUUUUUAAUUUUUAUUUAAAAGUUAUGUUACAAAAUUAUUACAAAUACUAUCAACUAGCCGUCGAAUGGUAAAAUUUCCGUAAGCUUAUCAGCGCCGGUAAUGGUGAAC